UAUAGAAGAAGUCAUAAGUACAAAUGGCCGCCUUUACAGUAACAUGAAAUAACAAACGCGGUAUUGCUCAUUAUUACAAAAAGAAAGUAAAUUUGUGAUAAAUUAAUGAGGAAAUUAGAUGCAAGGGAGCCGUGGGGGGCUGACAAGUUGGAGGCUGAUUUGGAAGCAGCCCGGGAUAAUCUCAGAGGCUUGGAUCGAAAUAUUCGAAAAAUCCUUGGCCGGGACCUGCCCGAUGGAGAAACUGGACCUCUACAACCGCCGCCGAGGCUUUCACAGAAACGACCACCACACGAUGAUAGACGUCGAACAGUGGUGGAUUCGUCAAAUAAUGAACAUGUAGGUAAUAAAAGGCGAUGGCAGGGCGGACCAGGAGAACCUAAAACAGUUUUCAGUCGCUUAAGUGCAAGGGUGCCUUCAAAUCCCGACGACAGUGCCGAUGAAGAUGAUGCUUUUAUUAAGGAAAUCGAGAGAAGAGAGAAGGCCUUGGUGGAGGAACUCGAAAUGAUAGAGGGACAAAUCGGUUUGGGAAAACAGCAAAAUUUCGAUAAUCCUCCGUUUUCCGUGACCGAGGAGGAGCCUCAGUCGAUGAAGGAGGGCGAGGAGGAGAACCGGGAUCCCAAUCCGGACAAGAAAAACGGGGAGCUCGAGAUGGAGCUCAAUCUCUCGCCAAUUGCGAAACUCGUCGAUCCGGGACUUACGACAAUAGGAAGUGAGGAGUCGCGAAAAGAGGAAGAGCAGGAAAUGGAAGCGGCGGAGCAUCUUCAAGAAGAGGAAACUGACGGCUAGCAAAACUACUGUAAGAUUGUUAUAUUGUACAUACAUCCAUUGUGUAUACUUACUAUUCAAAAUUCGAGUAUAAAUUCUUAAAUUUUUUUUAUAAUCAAAGUUAUUAAACGAUUGUAAUAUUUACAGUGUAAUAUGUAGUAUGUAUUAUUAUUAUUUUUUUUUUAUUAUUAAUAUUAUGAUUAUGAUUGCUAUUA